AUGACUCGUUCUGCACUUGUUUCUGAAGGGUUUAAUAGUUGGAAGAGAGUUAAUGAUGGGGGAAAAUGUGCAUUUCUUAUUCAUGUUGGUUCAUUGUCUUCAUCACAUAAUAGAUGUGUGAAAUGCAUUCAGGAUUUGAUGAAACCAAAGCAAAAUAUUGACAAAGUGAUGAAUGCUCAAUCUAUGGAAGAAAUUAUAAAGAAUAUGUUGCAUUUAAAGGCAACAAUUGAAGUGAAAACAAUGAUUCGAGAUGAAUCGGGAGAUGCCAAGUUUUGUAUUCUUGUUGAUGAAGCUCAAGAUGAAUCUAAAAAAGAGCAAAUGUCCUUUAUUUUAAGAUUUGUUAAUAAUUCUGAUUUUUUGGUGGAACGUUUCUUGGAGAUUUUGGGUGUUGAGGACACAACAUUGGCAAAUCUUAAGAAAUCAAUUUCUGACAUCUUUGUUCAACACAAUAUUCAAAUCCACAACAUGAGGGGACAAGGGUAUGAUGGUGGUGCAAAUUUUCAAGUGAUGGAACUAAAUUAUAGAUUCAGUGAAGCAACAAUAGAACUUCUUGCUCUUUGUUCAGCUUUGGAUCCUUCUGAUUCAUUUAAGAAAUUUAAUGUGGGCGACAUUUGCAAGCUUGCGUCAACAUUUUAUCCAGUUGAUUUUACUCAACAAAAAAUUCAUGCUUUGAGAGCUGAAUUGGAACACUAUCAACUUGACAUAAGAAAUGAUUGUGACAAAAAGGUUGAGAGUUAUGUUAUGAUUCAGAUAUUGAUUCGUCUUGUAUUGACUCUUCCUGUAUCAACUGCAACAGCAGAGAGAGCCUUUUCAUCCAUGAAAUUUCUCAAAACGGCACGUCGCAAUAAGAUGGAUGAUGAUUUACUUUCUGAUUGCAUGAUUUUCUAUAUAGAACGCCAAUUGUCUGAGAAAAUAGACUUGAAAUAA